AUGGACGAAAUCUUCAAGACCAUAAUCGAGUCAAUCGAGUUUGAUGAGAACUCAAGACACGUCACCAUCCGUUUUGGCCCACCAGGGAAACUACCUGUUGUUAUGGCAUUACUGAAUAAAUACAGAUCGAACAAUACUAAGAGCUUCAGAAUUACCAAUCAAGGGACUGACGAUGCCACAGCCAUAUUAACAAUAACGUACAGGACAAGUACAGAGACAGGCAACAACGCCGACACUUCCAAAAAUUCUACUGACUCAAACGCCACUGACAGCACCGACGGUUCUGAGAACUCUGAUGACACCGACUCUACGGACAACAGUGACGAUCCAGACAAUAACGACAUUAACAAUGAUGACAGAAUUGCUACAAACGAGAACACUGACAGCAAUGACGAUAAUGUGAACAAUAAUGAAAAUUUUAACAACAAUGAUCACGGCCCACAACAGAAUGACAAUCACAAUGACAAUAUCGAAGCUUACACUAUUAAUGAACCAAACAUAGCACUACGCCAUAUAUACAACCCGCAAGAUAAUGUACAGCUACUCAAAAUAAAUCUGACAGACGCUUACACAGUGACAGCCACAUAUAUAGGUACGACAAUAGACGCAGAAGCAUUAUUUAGACAACAUGGGCCCUGCAACACCGAACACCACGCAACGAAAGACAAGGACAUCAAAGCCAUAAUAAUUAGAUAUCAAAUGAAAAAUCAUGCGCUUAAAGUAAUCAACAAAUACAAAGAACACAUACAACAAACGAACGAUGACGUACAAAGACCAACGACAGAACAACAAACCAAUCAGGAGAAAACAAUAGAAUACGUACAAACACCAGAUACUAUAUGUGUACGAGUACCCGGACAUAUGAUAAGACAAAAUUUAACAGAGACAUUCCAACAAUUCGGAAGCAUCCUAGACGACAGCGCAGACAAGUCUGUAGAAAAGACACAAAUGACGCACUCGACAAGACUAGCUUACAACAAAGUAUACACAUCAACACGAUCCACUGCACAGCAAAAGACAGAAAAAGAACAAAAUACAACACAACAGAAACUAAAAUCAACAAGUUGGACCGUUGGUCCCGGCAACAACACAAAAUUAUACAUACUAGCACCACCAGACACCACACAACAGCAAUUAGAAACAGAUUUUACAGUGUUUGGAGAGACAGUGAGCAUUGAACUGACGGACGGUACGACAAAAGGAAAAGCAGGGUACAUAACAUAUACAAACAAUGUUGACGCAAUAGACGCCAAAUUAAACAGACCACAGAAAUACAUAGUAAAGUGGAAAUGGACGCCAAGAACAGACGAAACGAUGAUUCAUUUCAUAUGCGGAGACCAAAUACCGAAACAAAGCUUCGACGACCAUAUACAGAACUGCAACAUGCCUCACUUAAGACAGAGAAUACUAAAUGAAAAGUCAACAUCAACGACCGAAACACAAGAGGACCCAAGACAGACAACAUCGACACCACAACCGAGCACGAGUGAACAGGCAAACGAGCAAGCAACAAGUCGCUCAACAACACCCAACACGACAACACCAGUGUCAGUGCAUAGAGCAUUACACUUAGACUACAAGUCAUCCAGCGACGAGGAUCCCAUAGAUAGGGAGAUAGCCAGACAGAACGCCAGACGCCGAAUACAAGAGAGACAACGACGAACAGAGCAACCGAGACAACAACAUACAGAGACCCAAAGACCGACAAGAGCCAGUACCGCAGCAGAAGAACAAAUUAGGAAGGAAAUGGAGAAGAUAGAUUUCAAUAAAAUAUAA